AUGCAGCAGCAGAUGCAGCAACCGAUGCAGCAACAGAUGCGUAACAACCAGCAGCAACAGCAACCGAUGAUGCAACAGUCCCACCUGCAGCAGCAGCAGCAACAGAACCCGAUGAUGCAACAGCAACAACCGACCCCGACCACGACCGCCUCGUCCGGUGGGGUGUUUUCCAACGCGUCCAACCUACUGUCCGGUGCGGCCAGUGCUGCCACCGGCGGGCUGUUCGGCAAGAAACCCGCCGCCACCCAGCAGCAGCAGCCGAUGCAGCAGCAACAGCAGCAGCAAUCGUCCGGUCCAUUCGGUGGCUUCGGCAUGGGUCUCAUAUUAGGUCCACCUUACCCAAAGUAA